AUGCCGCAGGAUAUAGAUGAAGAUGAAAAACGAGAGGAAGAAAACGAAGAGGAUCUGGCAGAUGUCGUGGACGUAGUCGUAGAGCCAAUCAGGGCAGGCACCAGCGACGAGGACGAAGAUUUAGUGUUUGAUGUAGAAGAGCUCACCGAAGUGAUUUUUGAUGAAGAGGAAGUUGGAAGGGUUGAAAUUCUACCUGCUGAUGUAGAGGAUGAAGAGCGAGGUGAGGAUGUAGAAGAUCUAACUGUUGGUGUAGAGGAUGAAGUGGUUAAAGGUCUAGUUGUUGAAGUGGCGAGAGGAGAUGUCGUUGAAGUAAUUGCCAAUGCAGGAAGGGAGGCAGAUGAGGUUGUGGAACCUGAAUAA